UUUGUUUGCGUCGGUCAGAUUUGUGUUACGUUCUUUGCUUUCGGCUCUCUUCGUGAUCGUCAGUGACAAUGCGCCUAGCAACGUUUAACGUGUCGAGGCACUUGUUUCUACCAUGUCCUCAACGCAUACUUCCAUCCGCUGUCGUGCUGAGACGCACGCUCCCAGUCCUUGCUCGCCGUGCUAAUAUUUCUACUGCCGAUGAACGAACACUUAUCCAGGAUGCAGUAAAAGCGUGCAAGGGCAGAGCGCAUCGUCCCCGUCCCCUCCUUUAUAUUCACGCUCUUACCCGCACGCCGCCGCUACCUAUCCUUCGCCAUGCUCUCAUCACUGCUUCUCCCGCUGUCAGGUGGAUAUCACAGAAGCGCUCAGGAAAGAACGACGUGAGACCUGCUCAUAUAAGGGCAAUUGUUCGUGCUGUACUAGUCACCAGCAAAAACAAGAGUGGGAGGACGGUGGAGGAGCGUUUAGCACGAGAAAUCAUUGCUGUUGUUAACGGAGACAGCAAAGCUAAUACUGACAAAGAGCUGGCACACAAACAAACUGUGGUCAAUAGGGGCAAUGCGCUCGUGAAGUGAGGAUCUU